AGAAGCGUAGCUUCGCGCGGUAUCCUUAUCAAAAGUCAAGUACCGACAAUAAAACGAUCGAGCCUGAUAAAGAUCGGCCGAUUCUAACAAACGAGAAGCUCAGUCGUCCGUUCGCCGCGAUCCGCUCGACAGUCUGAUAUAAACAUCGUCAGAGUGCCUAUAGAGUACGGUAGAGAGAAAAAGUGUCGAUAGCCGCACGGCAGGCGGUUCCUCAAAGAAAUCCCAUGAAAAAUUGGAGAUCUCAAUUAAGAGUCUGUCGCGGGGUUAAGGGAGAAAAAAAGAAAAGGAUCGAAGAAAUGUCGUCGACACUGGUGAUCGCGGAUUACGUGGUGAUCGUCAUGAUGUUGCUCGUCAGUUCCGGCAUUGGUGUCUAUUACCGAAUUACGGGUGGAAGGCAAAGAACAACCGAGGAAUACUUCGCGGCGAAUAGAUCAAUGAGCGUGACGACAGUCGCUAUAGCUCUGAUGGCGUCCUACCUCUCGGCGAUCAGCCUGCUCGGCGUGAGUUCCGAAAAUUACGUUUACGGUACUCAGUACGCCGUGGUCAACAUUGGCUACGGACUCGCGACACCCGUCGUGGCCCACCUGUACCUACCGGUCUUCUUCAAGCUGCAGGCGACCAGCGCGUUCGAGUACCUUCAGCUACGUUUUGGCAGCGUCGCCCGUCUCGCUGCCAGUCUUGCUUUCUUCACUCAGCUCCUUCUCUACACCGGCGUGGUGCUCUAUGCGCCUGCACUGGCACUCGAAGCCACCACGGGACUCUCGAGCACAGCCAGUAUCCUUGGGAUUGGUUUGAUCUGCACGUUUUACUCGACCUUGGGUGGAAUCAAGGCGGUCCUCGUAACUGAUGUCUUUCAGAGCUUACUGAUGCUAGUCGCGGUGCUGACUAUCAUCGUUACAGCAGCGAUUCACGCAGGAGGUCUCGAUCGGAUCUGGGACACGGCUUACGAUGGAUCUCGCGUUGAAUUUACCAGCCUUUCCUUAGAUCCCACCGUACGUCACACCUGGUGGAGUUUAGUCAUCGGUGGAUUCUUCACUUAUCUAUCGUUAUUCGGCGCUAAUCAAGUUCAAGUUCAGCGAAUGCUCACUGUCAAAAAUUUAAGAUCCGCUCAGAAGGCUAUAUGGUGGAGCUGGCCCUUGGCCUCCGUCAUGUCUCUCGUCAGCUGCUUCUCCGGAUUGGCCAUCUACGCCAGGUACAAGGACUGCGACCCGCUGUCUUCCGGUAGGAUCACUUCCAACGACCAGCUAAUGCCGCUUUUCGUGAUGGAUACUCUUUCCCGGUAUCCGGGUAUACCUGGUCUCUUUAUUGCCGGUAUAUUCAGCGCUGGUCUCAGUACCGUUUCGGCCACGCUCAAUUCUCUGGCCGUAGUUGUGCUCGAGGAUUACGCGAAGCCACUUUGCAAAAUGAGGGGCAGUGAAAUUUCCUCGAACGUCUCGACACUCGCGAGCAAGAUCAUCGCCAUUGUCGUUGGGCUGCUCUGCAUAACGAUGGCCUUCUUCGCUCAAUAUCUUGGCGGCGUUCUCCAAGCGGCCCUCACGAUCUUCGCCGUCGUCGGAGGACCCGUCCUUGGUCUCUUCACGCUUGGAAUGUGCACGCGUUACGCUACGCAAAGGGGUGCCGUUACCGGACUGUUAAUAGGACUGGCAUUUUCAAUGUGGAUAGGAUUCGGUCAGCCAAAGCCGUCCCCGCCGAGGUUGCCAGUGUCGACAGCUGGAUGUAACGAAACAUACGUAUCGGAUGGUGCAACAGCUAAUUUCGAACGUGCCCAAAGCACGGGCGACUCCACGUACUUUUACCUCUACCGGAUAUCGUACAUGUGGUACUGUCCUCUUGGAUUUAUCGUAUGUAUACUCUUCGGAUUACUCGGCUCCGGACUGUUCAGAUUGAUCUUCAAAGAAAAUAAUGAAAAUCUUCAUCCAAACUUGUACAUGUCAGUUGGAACGUCGCGCCAAGCAGAAGUGCUUGGUAGGAGUGACGAGGUGGAAUGUAAAAACGAAACAUGACCAUGAAAUUAAAAAUAAAAGUCUUAUUUAUCAUU